AAAGGGUGUGGUGAUCAGACUGGCUUAUACUUCUCACGCAAGGAAAAACCUGCAUUUGUGCUGUUUGUCACUGCUCAGCCACUUGCUGCUCCGUUGCUUGGAGGAAAGCUGGUAACAUGGCUCAAAGGAAAGUAAUUGCUGUGUUUGGAGCAACAGGGGCUCAGGGUGGCUCAGUGGCCAAGGCCAUUCUGGAGAACAAAUAUUUUGCAGUGAGAGCCCUGACCAGGGACGUGACUCGAAAGAAGGCCCUAGCACUACAGGACCUUGGUGCUGAGAUUGCCAGGUGUGACCUAGAUGAUGCAGCAUCUGUGGAAGCAGCCUUAAAAGGGGCCUAUGGAGCCUUUGUGGUGACCAACUUCUGGGACCAUCUUAGCAAAGAGAAGGAAGUGUGUCAGGGAAAACUAGUGGCAGAUGUUGCCAAGCGCCUGGGUCUGAAACACGUGGUGUACAGCGGCCUGGAGAAUGUCCAACAGCUGAGUGGGGGCAAGUUGCAGGUGCCCCACUUCGAUGGGAAGGGAGAGGUGGAGGAAUAUUUCUGGUCCAUCGGUGUUCCCAUGACCAGCGUGCGCUUGGCAGCUUACUUUGAAAACUUCCUCACUGUAUGGAAGCCGGUGAAAGCCCCUGGUGGGGAUCACUACACCCUAGCACUGCCCAUGGGGAAUGCACCAAUGGAUGGGAUCUCUGUGGCUGACAUAGGAGCAGUUGUCUCCAGCAUUUUCAAUUCUUCAGAGGAGUUUUUAGGCAAGGCUGUGGGCCUCAGUGCAGAGGCUCUAACAGUACAGCAAUACGCUGAUGUUUUGUCCAAGAUUCUGGGAAAAGAAGUUCGAGAUGCAAUGAUCACUCCAGAGGCUUAUGAGAAGCUGGGAUUCCCUGGAGCAGAGGAACUGGCUAAUAUGUGUCGUUUCUACCAAAUGAAGCCAGACCGUGAUGUCAAGCUCACCCAUCACCUAAACUCCAAAGUCAAAAGCUUCAGCCAGUUCAUCUUGGAGAACCAGGGAGCCUUUAAAGACAUGUAGAAGACUCAGCUGCUCCAGCACCCCACUGCCUGUAUUUCAGAUCACUUUUGUCUUUGCGAUGCAACAUCCACCUUUACAGAACAAAGAGCUUCGAGACCGAAGUAGAGAAGUUCUCUGAGACUGGGGUGGGAAGAAAUGGGGAGUCGCUGCUUAAUGGUUACAGAGCAGAAGAAAGGUGAUGAACAAAGUUUGAGAAAGAGGCGAAAACUGCACAGUGCAUGGAAUUAAUGCCAAUGAUUUGUAUUCUUAAAAUGGCAAUUUUAUGCCACAAUAAAAUUUUUGAAAACAUAAUCAUAUGAA